UCUAAUGCAGGGAUUUGCAGAGCUGGAAUGCUGGCUCUAAAUCAAGAAAAAAAUAAUAGAAGCUGGAAAGUUAAAAAGAAAAAAAAAAAGGAUACAAGGCAACCAAUGCUCGUGAGGCUGAAAACAUAGUAGAAAGAGUUACUCCAAGGUUAUAGCAUGCUAAUUGUGCAGUUGUACUAUCAGUUGUUAAGCAUUGAUGUGGUUCGAAAUCUCUGUAAAAAGAUGGCUCCUCCUCUUGUGAUAUUACUCUAUGCAGAACCCGAAAUACAAUAUGUAGCCCUGCGGAAUAUCAAUCUUAUGGUACAAAGAAGACCACCAAUUCUUGCCCAUGAAAUUAAGAAAGGCUGUUCGCGCAAUUGGUCGUUGUGCAAUCAAAUUAGAGAUGAUUCAGGUACUGAGGGCCCACAACAGAUGAUUCAGGCAGCUAAGGAUGUUGUGUUAGCUGAGAAACCUGUGAUAACUGAUGACUCAAACCAACUUGAUUCGUCUCUACUUGAUGAGCUCCUUGUCAACAUUAUUACAUUAUCUUCAGUUUAUCACAAGCCUCCAGAUGCAUUUGUAACCCGUGCACACACCUCAGCCCAGAAAGCUGAAGAUGAAGAGUAUCCUGCGGGAAGUGAAACAGCAUAUUCUGAGUCAUCUUCUGCAAAUCCUGCCAAUGGUGCUAUUUCAACCUCGGCAUCCGUUGCACCGCCAUCACCUCCACCUGCCGUGCCUAUGCCGGAUUUACUUGGUGAUUUGAUGAGUCUUGUUCCUACUGAUGAACCAGCUACUCCUGCUGGGUGAGUUAAACAUGGAUAAUUUUGAUAUUUCCUAUAAGAUGAUUGGUUAUAUUCUGUUCUAAUAUUUUGCUUGUUUAGAACAUUAUUACUUUUGUAUUGAAAUGGUGACCGACAAUGAUUUACAUGAAGCUGUGUUGUAUUAUAACAUGUUAAAAUAGGGUUAUGUGCAUUCUGGAUAAAUAAACAUAUGUAAUAGACAGUAAUAAAAGCAACAGUCCUUUUCUACCGUUGAUUGCUUUCUAAA